GCAACACUUGCCUUUUUUGGAAUUUUUAGGGUCUGUUUGCAGUAGCUUCUGCUUUUAAAAAAAUGCUUUUUUUAAAGAAAUGGGGAGAAGUGAUUAAAUAAAAGUUGAUAGCGUUUGAGAAAAAAGUGAUUUUGAAAAGUAAAAGUGGGUAGUGUUUGGUAAAAUAAGUAUUUUUUGUGUGAUAGAAAAAGUAAAAGUACUUUUGACGCGGAAGUCGAGAAAAAUAAAAGUUGUAGUGUUUGAGAAAAUAAGUACUUUUUUAAAGUAAAAAACUGAGAAGUGCUUUUUAAAAGCAGUUGCAAACAGACCCUUAAAAUAAAUACAACACUUCCUUUUUAGGUAAUAAAAAUUAGCUAAUAUGACUACAAUACCCAAAACACUCAUUUCAUGGUUUGCUUAACAAUAAAUUCAACCUUCCAGUUUCCACCCUAUCCUACCAAUAUAUCGAGUAAUUAUUUUAACCUAUUUGCCAUAAAUCCUUUUAUGAAAUACGAUGAAAUUUCAUGGCCGAGAUAUAAAAGUUUUUCAUCUGCUGGAGGCCUGGAGCCAAUUUCUUCUUCAUCGGCAAUGACUUCCGUCCUCAUUGUCGUCGUUCAAAAUUUCUUGGCCAUCGACAGGAGAGAAAAGAAAACAAGUGAUUUGUCGCCUAUAGACGUCCUGGCCACUGUUCUAUCUCAUCCGGUGCAAAUUGCCGCCCUUGUCCAGAUCCUUGUUCAAAUUGACAUCAUCGCCGACGGUCUGAAGUAAAUCGAUGCUUCACCUUCUGACAACAGCACCGACUUGAUUACCGGUUCUGGAUCUGGAGCUCUCAGAGAAUAUACCGUGUGGUUCGUUGAUGUUGCUCUCACUUCAGUUUUAUGGAAAUUGAUAGAAUCGGGAAUCAAGAUAAAUGGCGAAGAAGAUGAAUAAAAAGAUUAGCCAUAGAAGAAGUAUACGGCCCAUGAACUUGCUGUCAGAAAGUCUGAGCAAAAGUAAAAUAGCCAACGGUCCAGACAAGGGCAUGAUAGGAACAAACAAGUUUUAUCCGAAUUCCUUAAAACAUAGGCCCACCUCUAAGGUUGCAUUUAAAACCUAACGGAGGGUAGCAUAUAAUAAUAAUUAUAAUAGUAAUAAUAAUAGUAAUAACAAUAUUAAUAAUAAUAAUUAAUAUAAUAAAAGUGAUAAAUCAUGUUUGAAUUAUUCUGAUCUGAUCUGAAUAUUUCUGAUCUGGUCUGAAUGUUUCUAGUCUGAUCUGAUGUGAAUCUUUCUGAUCUGAAUAAAAUAAGAAUAAACAAUAAGUAAUAAGAAUAAGACGAAGAUAACUGCUUCCAAGUAUCUUGCCAUUGAGGUAUUGAGUACUAAAAGGCGCGAAGAUUGAAUCAGAAAUUAUUAUACUCCCUCUGUCCCUUAAAACCUUUCCAACUUUCCUUUUUUGGAUGUCCCACUAAAUUUGCCACUUUCCCUUUUAAGUAAAGAAUUUGUGAUUCCGGUUAAUUAUCUCUCCUCUGCACAAAUCUCAACCACACAGUUUUUAUAUUAUUAAUUCCUGUGCCGGUCAAACUUGCAAAUUUUAAAAAACAGAGGUAGUAUAAGAAAUCAAGAAGUCUGAAAUUCUUUUUGGCAUGUUUGCAAUAAAAUCCCAAGUUCCAAUAAUUUCAAUGUAUGUGGGAAUAAGGGCUGCAAAACACUGAUAUAUACAGAAAAGAUUAGGUCCAGCCCUCCCAUGUCCAGCUGCUGUCCAAACUCCGCCGUUUGGAGCGGUUCCCGGUGGAAUUUUUCUGAUGAAAUUUUUUGAACAUGUUCUUCAUCAAGUCUAGUUUGUCCAUACCAAAUUUCAGUUCAAAAUUCAAUCGG